AAUAAUGACAUAAAAUAAUAGAAAUUAGCAGUGGAAAAUUUUUGGGUUCAGCAAAAAUAUAAAAUUAAAAGUAUCUACAUGUAAUAACUAAUAUUACUGUGUACAUGUUUAACAAUACAGUUCAAACAAAUACAGUUAAGGUAAAGUAUCAAAAUGAAAAGAAAUGAAGAAAUAAUGAUAUAUAAGAAGAAAUGAAAAGAAACAAAGCCAUAAAUGUUACGAAACGUGACAUACGAAGUGCUAUAGUUGAAGAAAGGAAUUAUUGCUACCAUUACUAUCCAGAUAAUGCAAAAACUCAAAUAAGACAGACACCGUUAGGUUAUAAUUAUUUCAAAGAUUUUGAUUUACAAAAUGUUAGUAAUUGGAGUCACUUGACAUGUUCGUGCCGAGAUUCCAUUGGAAAGUAUCAAGAGGCUAGUUAUUUUACUACUAAAUUGAAGCAAAUGCCACCAAAAGUCACUGACAUCGGUGUAGGGAAUGUUAAAGCGUACCAGCGCAGGAAAGCAAAGAGGAUUUAUUUGCCACAGACCGAGGAAAGAGCUGUUGGCACAUCGAUUAAUGAUUACCCAAAAUGUCACCAUUUCAAUGAACUUACUCACAAAACAAAUCGGAAUGUUGUAGAAAGAGCAGUAAAUAAGAAACAUUUGUUAAACAAAAAACUAUCGCCUCUUGUAAGAAAAAAAUCAAAUUAUACGAAUCCUUUAACUACAUUUUUUCGCAAACAAGAUUUAGAACAAAAUGUAAGCACUACUCUGUCAUUACACAAUCGUGUAAACGCCAGUACACAAAUGGGUACAAAAGAAUUAGAGAAAUCAACAAAAAUCAAAAUAUUUAAGGAACUAGCAACAAAUACAGAAUUAUUAGAAAAUGGUAAACCACUUAAAUCUGAAGUCGAACUAUCUGUUGAAAUGUCAAGGAUUUUGAGUAACAAAAUGGGUACUGGAUCAUCACUGGAUUCUUUAGUACAACAUGUAUAUAACUUAGACAAACCGUGUAACGCAACUUUAAGCACGGCCACAAUAGACCCGAUGGAAAAUAAACUCGAAAGGGAAUAUAGAAAAAUAUUUUCAAAUCAAUCUAAAGAUUGUGCAUGCAAUAAAAAAAUCUCUGCAGCAAAUAGCGAUUCUCUGUUACGACGCUUCGAAGCGUUAAGACGUGAUAUGUCACUUAAAGAUGAAUUAAAAAAGAACAUAUCAAAAACUUCAAGCCCUAAUGAAGCUAAAUAUAAAGAUGCCUCUGUAGACUCAGAUCGAGGUUCGUUGCCAGAAAAUGACGAUAAAAAAGUAAUCAGCCCGAUUACAAGUGACUAUUCGGAAACACAUAAAAAGGAGAAAAGUAAAAAGAAAAGCAAAGCGAAACUCAAAAAAAGUUCUUACUGGCGCCGUUCAGAUAUUGAUAGUGACCAUCAAACUAAAGGUAGAUUUAAAUUGUGGGGAAGGAAAAGAAGCAUAGACAGUGGAUCUCACAAGAAGAGCAAAAUAAAAUGUUCCGAUAGUAAAAAGAAGUCUGAAGCUAGCGUGAAAUUUUCUAAACUAUUGAAAAGUAAAUCAUCAGUUAAAAAGGAAGGGAAAAAAUUCCACUUUUUUAAAAAGAAAAUAAAAGCUGCUCCAAGAUCGAGAACUGAUGUAAUGACAGGGAGAUGCGAGGUACGAGAAGGAAUGUCGAUACAGAUCGGAAACGGAUUAUUACCCCAAGACUAUAAUACGAAUGCGAUACAAAAAUUUCGUCUUAAAUAUGAAGAUAAGUUAAUAAAUGCAUGGAUUAGAAAUUUUCUAACGAAAUCAGAUGAGCCGAGAAUAAAAAGAAGUACAAAAUACAGCAGUAGUGUGGAAAGUAACUGCAGUAGCUCUACUGAUAUUGGAGAGAACAGUUGUUCUGAAACAGAUAUACAGUUGACUACGACCGCCACGGUCACAAAUAACUCUUCAUUUCAUAAAGUUAAUAAAAGCCCAUUCAUGAACUUUUCAAAUCAAUAUAUUCAAGCUUGGAUGUUAACGAAAACAAUAUUAGAUAGGUUAGUUAAACCUAAAAUAUAUUGGAAUGCUAGAACUGACAAAUGUAACAAAAAGAAAAAUAGUGAUGUAAAUAAAUAUUUUGAAUGUAAAGACGUGAAUCCUAAAAAUGACGUUACUCUAAACAAUGACAUCAAUAUUAAAGAGAAAAUUAUACCAAAGCCUGAAAGUAUAAUGGUUGACAUUUCCUUAGGAUGCAUGAGUGAAGUUAUCCAUCAAUCUUUUGCAAUGCAAAGUAACGAAGAAGUAUGCAAAAUUAUUGAUUAUGAAACACCCCGACAAAGUACAGCGAAUGCAUUAAAGCAAAACUUUGAAAAAGAAAAAUGUACUGAAAUUAUAAAUGAAAGUUGCAUGAAAGAUAUUACAAAUUGCAGGUUUAACGAUAUAGAGGAUAUAAAAAAAAUUAAAAGGUCCUACAGUACUGAUAUAUUUCAGGACAAUGAACUAAACGCACCCAAAACUUGUAAUGCUGUCGGAAUAGAAAUUGCCACUCAGAAGAAUCUAGGAAAAUUAAACUAUCCAGUAUAUGAUAUGAGUACCGAAAGUGGAGAUGAUUUAGAAGGAACCGUAUAUUUAGUGCCAAAAACAUACAAACAAUCUGAUGUUUAUCUACGGAAAUUUUAUCAUAAUUGGAAUCCAUUAGAUCUAGAUUUAUGGUGUAUCAGUGAUACCAACUUACAACCAUCUUAUAAUACGAAUAAAGAUUAUAAUUUUAAAUCAUAUUCAAAUAUGACCGAUGAUAUCCAGUACACAACUCUUGUGUCAUCCGGUGAAACAUUCGGCAACUGUGGAAAGGACAAACGUAAAAAAUCUUUAUUAAAAGGUCACAAUAACGAUUAUCUGAAUAACAACAUCGGAAUUCGCAUCACGCCGAAGGACUCAUUAGAAGUAUGCAAGAAAAGAAAACUUUACUCCGACAGCAAUAAGGGAAGAUGGAAACAUGACGACCUCUCUGUUUCGUUGUCGAGCUCAACAAAAUCAAAACAUCAUUUUAGAAAAUUCAUAUCUAUCAAACCAAACAAAAAACGUGUUACAAUUUCUAAUUAUGAAGUUGACAAGGAAUCUAAAUCGAUAUUAAAAGAAAACGAUAUAAGGAAGAAGAACUUACAAUGUUUAUCGUCUUCCUGUCAUGUCUCCGAUUCAAUGCAAACAGGCAGGAAACUUCCUAAACUAGAGAAAAAACCAACACGUCAAAACAUUGCGAUUACAGCAACUAGUUCAGGUGUGACAAAUAGGACAUCGAAUAAUUGCGAUAAUGCUGAGGUUAAAUGUUUGAAAAGCGCCUCAAAAGACCAUCUACUAAGUGUUACAGACAGUUGUAUAACAAAUUGGAAGAAGCAUUUGUGUUGUGACAAUUCGUUAGAAGAAGAGAAAAAAACAUGUGAAAAGAUUAAUGACACAAAAUCAGGAUUCUUCUCGGAUUAUUUCAAGCCAAGUAGUUUAAUAAAAAAUAAGUAUCAUAGUAUAUGUCGUAAGUUUGUCGCAGAUAGAAAAUCAUCAGAAGAAUCUGUUAAAAACAGUCAAAACUCAAAAUGUCGUCCACAACAGUCUAACUCGAAUUUAAGAGAAGAAAUCAAGUCAGAAUUUAGAAAGUGUGCUAUCACCACUGACGUUCAAAAACUUUCAACAGCGCCUACUUCUGUUGAAGACAAAUCAUGCGGAGCGCCCGGAACAGAUUUAGAUAUGAGUAAAAAGGGAAAGUUGGUAGGAUUACAUUUUAAGAAGCAGCCAAUUAGGAAAAAUGUAUCGAGGGCGUGUUGGACAACAGGUGACAAUAUCGAGUGUAACAAUGGUAACUCGAACGACACUACAAAGGUGUCGAGUAAAGAAACCACCGGAGUAAACCAGAAAUGUCCUCCCACAACUCCCACGGUAAGCAAAAAAGAAAUUAAAAAUAUCAUAGUUAACAAGGAAACAAAUAAUUUCGUUGACAAUAACCAAGAUAAUGAUGAUAAUAAUGAAUAUACACCCUGUAUCAUUAGAAAAAAUAUAGAAAUCCAACCAAAUGCUGAAAUAACAUCAGAUUCUGGUAAACGAAUUUGUCUCGGUAUCGAUACAUGCAACGAUGAGCAAGGUAAUGACAAAAGUGACUGUGAUUUUAUAGAAAUAGUAUUCAAAAUAAGAUGCAAACAUGGCGAGGAUAGAGCAAUGAUCGUAAACAUAAAAGAUAGUAAAGACAGAAUAAUAAAAGAUAAUAAAAUAAACCUAUGCGAAAGAGAUAGCGAUAUCAACAGUAAAAACAAAGAGGUAUAUCUAUUUCAAAACGAGUCUGGAAAUUCAAUUUUACGCAAAAACAGUAAAAAUUGCAUGAAUGUAAAAAUUUUAAUCAAAAACUGCAAAAACGACGAAUUAAAAACAAAAGAUCUUAAAGGUAAUAGUAAUAUUUCGAUCAGUUCUAAAAGAAUAACUGAAAGAGUUGAAAGUAUUUCAUCAGAAACAAUUAAGGCUGUUAAUAAUUACGCUUAUUCGGUACACAAAUUUACUAUAGACUUGACAAAAUCUGUUAAAAGUAAUAAUGCAUCUAAAGAAAAUUAUGCAAUGCUUCAUUCAAAUAACAAAGGUACUGUUAUGAGCGAUAUAGAUUUACAAAACAAUGCCAUCGAUAGUACUGAAAUAAGUGAUAAUCGUAGUAAAGGAAAGAAUAAGCAUUACAAUAGCAGCAAAACUAACGAUAGUCGAAAAUCAAAACAUAGUAAAAUAAAAAAUGAAAAAUUGUACUACAGCAGUGCAACUCUUAGACCAUACCGACGUUACAGUUUGACAAAACAAAUGUCCAAUUACAAACACAUAAAAAAUAAAGUGCUACAAAAAAUUGUAGAUUGUGCAAAAGAUUUUAAUAAAGGUAUUAAGAAAGAGAAAAGAAUAAGAAAAGGUUCAAGUGUGAUGCCUUCAUUGGAUUAUAGUAAUAGAAAUAUCAACGAUAAAAACGUUAACAGACUAUCAAAAGAAAUUAAAGCAUCAACUUUAUACUCACAUUUCUUGAAUGCCACAAGUUCAUACGGUUAUUGUCAUUUCGAUAGAGUUGUCCGUGUACGACCAAAGAGUAAUGUAAAUAAUUACCUAUUUACAGUACAAACAAAAGAUAGACAUAAAAAAUUUAAUCCAUAUCCAAAAGAAUGUGAGAAAAGGAAAAAGCAAACUAAAAUUCUAGCAACAAAACUAGGCCUUACAGGCAUAAGAAGGAGGCAAGCACGUCGUUCUGUACGUAACAGUGCGAAUUAUCAUCGUCGUGCUGAAAAUAUUAAAAGAUUGAAUCAGUUUUUUGACAAGAAUGAUAAUUUAGACUUUCUAUACGAUCUAUCCAAUUACGAUAUAGAUAGACAAAGUGAAUUAAGUUCCUAUUUAAGACAGAAUUAUAAGGAUAAGAACGCAACACAGACAGAUCAUUGCAAUAAUAAAAUUCAAAAAUCGAAUUUAGACAAAAAUAUUAAUGUAAAUAAGAUAAAAUUAAUAAACAGAUUAAAUAAAGAUAUGCUCUGUAUUAGCGAUGAGAGAAAAAUAACAAUUGUCAGUUCGAAAUUUCUGGAAGAAAAAUGUAUCAGUUGCCAUGAAUCUGGACUUGAAGCAACUUGUAACCAUCGGAAAGAAACCUUCGAUAUAUUUCAAUUAACUGAAAUUAAAAGGGCCGUCUUUGAAAUGUAUAACUCAUCAGAAAUUACCAACAAAUCUGCAUCAUUAGUUAAAUUGCCAAAAUUCGAAAGCGACGUAGAAAAUGCUUUGAUAAUAUAAAGUUAAAUUAAACCAUCAAGAAACACCAAAAGGACGCGAAAUAAUUUAAUCUCUAACUUUUGUUCUGUCCAGUAUCGUUUAAUAUAAUUAAACCAUUAUGUACUUACGUCAAGUCCAAAUGGAGUUAUUAACUUUAGGUACCAUUUUAGUUAUUAAAAUUUUGUUUUUGUUUUAAAGUUUUAUAGUCAUAUGUUAUUUAAUAAAAG